GGCAAAAUGGCCUGGUCAUUCGCAACUGAGAGUACCGCUUCGACCCAAAACACAAGACCCAGGUUCGACCCCCGCUCCAAGCGAUUUUCCCCUUUUCUCUAUUCCCCUCCUCACUGCCUCCCUCCAAGCCAACGGCGGCGCCGGUCCAGACCCGGCAACCCGGCGGCCGGCGCAGGUAGCGGCGACCCGGCGGCCUGCACAAGUAGCGGCGCCCUCCCGCCUCUUCCAACUCCUCCGGCGCCAGCUGUAGUACUCUCUCGAUGGAAGAAGAGGAACAAGAAGAAGAGUAAUCAGACACAAGAUAAUGAUCGCUUAUCGGGGAUUCGGAGGCGGCUGCAAUAAAUUAGUGAUUGAGUUGCAUGCAUUUCAAAUGUACUAUACGCGAAGAGUUGAAACAUGAAGAGGAAAUCAGUUGAUUUUUGCUGUCGAUCCAUUGCCUGAGUGCUGUCUCCUCCAGGUGGUUAAUUACCGAUUUGUUUGCCGCCUGGGACUUUCUGACGUCAUUGACAUGGAAAGAUUCGAUGAUGAUCGUAGCACACGACCUCGGUCUCUGACACACUCUGAUCAUGCCUCUGAUUCCGUUGAGGAUGCAAUAUCUGACGAGGAUGUUCUUGCACCAACAAGGCUAUCACUGGCUUGUGUUGCUUCGAUAAAGAGAGAGAAUGAUAACAGAAUGGUGGAACAUGAUAAAUCAGCCAUCUGGAAUGAAGUUCUGGAAGAAGCUGAUGAGCUAGCCCAUGUGCAUAAAGAUCCUCUUAGUGCCACAUCCCUAUCUUCUGGAACAAGCAAAAGGAGCAAAUGUGAAAACAAGCUCAGAUUCUCAAUACGUGGAUCCAAAUCUUUUCCAUCAAAUGUAAAGAUGGAAAACUCGUACAUCGGGGAGCAAGAAGUUUCGUCAGGAAUGCCACUAAGUAAAGCUUUAGAAACUAUGAUGGCUGAGCAGCUGGAAAAUAUUGAUGAAGAAGUUGAAGGUUUCCCCUCAGAUUUUGCCCAUCCAAUCAAGGAUGCAAAAAUUUCAGUUGCUGAACUUCUUGAAGAUCUACAGGAUAGGAGUGGCUCUUCUGUUAAAACACCAAUUUCGUUUCAUCACACCAGAGCUAAGGAACGAAAGCCAAAAGUUCCUAUUUCUGGGAAGAAAAUAGUAGCAGUUAUAGAUCAGAGGAAUCUUGGCAGCGAGGAGCCCUUGGAGCAUGUUAUUGGUGAAACAUCUAGCGAGGAGGAAGAUACUGUUCAAAACAACUUGACUAUGGUGAACAAAGAUGUGAAAGGGCAAACUAUGGCUGACCUAUUCCAAGAAGCUUUUAAUGCAACAAACAUGGAGGGUACUGAACUCCCGGUUAGAACAACUGGAGCUGGUUAUUAUGGAAGGAUGCAACAGAUUAUGCAGAUGGAAAAGGAUAGGCACGCUGAGUUCUCAAGGCAGUAUAACGAAGGGCGAGAUUAUUUAGGUGAUUCAAAGGGAGUUACUGUCCAAAUUUUGUCAAGGUCCUUGGAAGGAAAACUAACAGUCUGCUUGUGCUUGUUCAAGGAAGAGAGUAAUUUUCCCAUAACAGGCCAAGUCUCAACAGAUUGUGACAUGGAUGUUAGCAGCACUAAGAGAACCAUUAUAUUCAGUCCCAAAAUAUGUGACAGUGUGGAUCUUGUAGCAGGAAAUGUAAUCCACAUUUACCCACCAUGGAAAGAAGUUAAAGUGAAAGAAGAGGAGGUGAUUCUUUGCACCUACUUCUCGCACCAAGCCGCGUGAAUGACAACUUGGUUACCUGGGGAUCCUUCUUUUAUGCAAGACGAGAGGAAGAGCAAGUCGCUCUGCAGUAUGCACGCCGCACCUGGCUUGCUGACAAGUUACAUAUGUUUAUGUAUACAUUAGUGUAUGUACCAGAUAUUGUGACCCCGCAUAUUAUACGCAUUGAAGAAGUAUGUCACAGCCGGCUAAUAUCAUACGCUGCUGCUUUAAGCGUGAAA